UGUAACCGCACAAUUUAGAGCAGGUGACACGAAUGCGUGAGAGUAGCCUCCCACAACGUGAACAUUUAUGAAUGAAAGACAGUCUGUGGACAAGUGUAUGGAGGCACAUUAAAUGAGUAUCAAUUAAGUGCUUGAUGGGAUCCGUUUUAUGAUUAUUGCUGAGAUUUCGUUCACAUGUAGUCUAUGUUGACUUAGCCGUACAUCAAGCCAGUCCAGUCCUCCCCCGUAGUAGUAUGAUUCUCAACUAAUGUGGACAGGCUUCAUCCAGGUUGAUAAAUCGACACAGAUGAAGCAGGGAUCUGCACGCUUCCCAAGCCUUGGAUGUGAAGAAAUAUCUCAAGGUGAUGAUUCGAUACUUCGUAUACAUAAAUCCCUUAGCUGCUUACGUGUUCAUCUUUGCGCCAACCCUAACGUGCGCAAGUGAGCGAGAUUCGAUGGAGCAGGCGCCGGUGUGACCUAUGACUGGCAGCGAAUGACAAAUCAAAGGUCAGCAUUUCUGUGAUCAGCUGGGUUCCCUACUGUACCAACGCUGAAACAGCGCUCUUGAGAGAAUGAAAGACUGCAUUCUCCAAGUUGGUCGACAGCAGCGGAGACUUCAAUAACGGGGGGAGAGGCGGCGGCCCAUUCGGCGGCAGCUUGACGGCGGUUACCCUCGGCUCCAAGGCAGGCCCAGCGCGACCGGACGACUACAGCACCAUGGACAGCUCAGAUAUGGAUGCCAACUAUGGAGGAGGGCUCCUGGACAUGGUGAAGGGGGGAGCCGGAAAGUUCUUCAGCAACUUCAAGGACAACCUGAAGGACACGCUCAAAGACACCUCCACCAAAGUCAUGCACCAGGUGGCCACGUACACCAAAGGGGAGCUGGACAUUGCUUACAUCACUUCACGGAUCAUAGUGAUGACGUAUCCUUCGUCCGCUGUGGAGAUGGGGUACGCCAAUCACGUGGAGGACAUGCGUUCCUUCCUGGACUCGCGGCACGCUGACCACUACACCGUCUUCAACCUGUCGCAGAGGAACUACCGUGGAGCCAAAUUCUCCAACAGGGUGUCUGAAUGCAACUGGCCUUCCAGACAAGCGCCUAGCCUCCACAACCUCUUUGCUGUGUGUAAGAAUAUGCACAACUGGCUCAAACAGAACCCCAAGAAUGUGUGUGUCAUCACCUGCUCGGAUGGCAGAGCUCUGUCAGGUGUGCUGGUCUGUGCCAUGUUCUGUUUCUGCCACCUCUUCGCCAACCCGGUGCCCGCCAUGCAACUGCUCAGCGCCAAGAGACCCGGCUCAGGCCUGUGGCCCUCUCACAGAAGGUACAUCGGUUAUGUGUGCAGCAUGGUCUCGGAGAAGCCCCUCAUCCCCCACUUCAAGCCUCUGAUCAUCAAAGCCGUCACGGUCAGCCCGGUGCCCUGCUUCAACAAGCAGCGCAGCGGCUGCAGGCCCUUCUGCGACAUCCUCCUGGGAGAGACCAAGAUCUUCUCCACAUCACAGGACUAUGAGAGGAUGAGAGAGUAUCGGGUCCAGGACGCCAAAGUGGUGUUCAACCUGGGCGUGAGUGUGCAGGGUGAUGUAGUGAUCUCCGUCUAUCACAUGAGGUCCACCAUCGGAGGAAGACUGCAAGCGAAGGUGUCCAACACACAGAUAUUCCAGAUUCAGUUCCACACUGGCUUCAUCGCCCCCGGGAUGACGGUCCUAAAAUUCAUGAAGCCUGAGCUGGACACGUGUGAGUCUCCAGACAAGUACCCUCAGCUGUUCCACGUGCUGGUGGACGUGGAGGUGGAGGGCACAGAGAAGCAGAAGGACCUGACACCCCCGUGGGAGCAGUUCCCCACCAGAGACCUGAGCCCCGGCGUCCUCUUCUCCUCCCAGGAGGAGCAUCAGCAGGCCCUGGCCAUCGCAGAUGAAAUGGAGGGCCUGGACUUGGAAGACCCGAGUCUUGCUCCUGGUGCUGACGGCCGGAAGGGUCCCCAUGACGAGAGUGAGCCUUCGGACGACGAGAUGCUGUCUCUGUCCAGCCAGCAGAGCAACGCUAGCAACGAGAGGGCCAGUGGGGCGCACGCCGCUCCCCGAGAGGCCCCCAGAAGGCCUGACGCUCCCCCUACAGCUGCGCCUCCCCCUGCCGAGGACGCGGACCUCCUGGGCCUGGACGGCGGGGCAGUGGAGCCCCCAUGCGCGUCUCCACACCCCCCUGCCGCCAACACCCAGGACCUGCUGGGGGACCUGUUCGGGGGGCCUCCUGUGGCCCAGCCCACCAGCGCCCCGGCCUCGGCCCAGUCCACCCCCCGCCGGACGGUCCUCCCGUCCUCGCCCAGCACCAACGCCAGCGCCAACACACAGCCAACUGGCCCCUUUGCCCCUUUUGGGUCAGGACCAGCCCCCCAGCCCAAGCCCCAGGACUUCAUGGGCAGUUUCCUGGGUGCAGGUAAUAUGGGGCAGCCAGACCCCUUCCUGCAUGCCGCACGGUCCCCAUCUCCUACUAUGCAGAACGCGGGCAGCAUGGGUCGGAGCUCCCCGGUGCCCACCACACCCACUGUCAACAUCCAGCAGCAGAACGCCAAGGGGGGAUGGGACUGGAACAGAGCGGCCGGUCCAGGAGGGGGCUUUGGCAUGGGGAGCAAGUCUGCCACCACCAGCCCCACAGGGUCUGUCAACAGCACACCCACCCACCAGGCUAAGCCUAUCUCAAUGGACCCCUUCGCUGACCUGGGCAAUCUAGGGUCCAGUUUAGGAGGUGGCUCAGGCUUUUCCAGUAAACCCACCACACCGACGGGCACUGGAGGUGGCGUUCCCCCCAUGGGCUCUCCUCAACGGCCUUCUCCCCAGCACACAGGAGCUGGAGGCUGGCAGCCCAGUACCGGCUUCCCCUCUUGGCAGCCUGGAGGUGCUGGAGGCAAUGGGGGUGCUGGAGCUGGGGGCCAGUGGCAGGGGCAGCCCCCCACCCAGCCCAAACCACCCGCCACAAUGCCCAUGCCCCACAGCUCCCCCCAGAACCGACCCAACUACAACGUCAACUUCGGCACCAUGGGUGGCACCGCGCCUGGAGCCCCCAGCAAACCACAGGCUAACAUGGGGACCAAACCGAAAGUGACCACCGCCAACUUUGAUGACCUGCUGUCUGGCCAGGGCUUCUCCGGGGCGAAGGAGAAGAAGGGGCCGAGGACCAUCGCAGAGAUGCGGAAGGAGGAGAUGGCUAAAGAGAUGGAUCCCGAGAAGCUCAAGAUCCUGGAUUGGAUCGAGGGGAAGGAGCGUAACAUCCGGGCCCUGCUGUCCACUAUGCACACAGUGCUGUGGGAGGGGGAGACCCGCUGGAAGCCCGUGGGCAUGGCUGACCUUGUGACCCCAGAGCAGGUGAAGAAGGUCUACCGGAAGGCCGUCCUGGUGGUCCAUCCUGAUAAGGCCACCGGGCAACCCUAUGAACAAUAUGCCAAGAUGAUUUUUAUGGAACUGAAUGAUGCAUGGUCAGAGUUUGACAGCCAAGGACAGAAAGCUCUGUACUGAGCUGCUGGAGGAAGAGAAGAAUACACCUUCAGCUUCCAACAUUGGAAUCAAUACCCCUGC